CGCCAUCUUGCUUGAUUCUCUUUGGAAGAAAAAAACAAUUAUGGCUUCUCUUUUCUUGUCGAGAAAGCUUUUAUGUGAAAUUCCUAAAGCAAAUUAUUAAAUGCACUAAUAACGAGUAAACAUAGUAGUAAAAAUAGUAUUUAUCCAUUUUAGGGUCUAUGUUUGAAAUCAUAAGUGAGGGAACCAGCACAUUUAAGGUCAUCAGAUUCAAUACCAAAAGGAAAAUUACAUGCAUUUUGCUGUCUCAUAGGACCUGUUAUGGCAACCCCGAAUAGCUACAAACCGAACACAUCAAUGUCGAUGCCAAGUCCACAAGGCAACCCGCACUACAUGAUUGCGGGCCCCCCCAUGAGUUUCGGUAUGAUGAAAGGCGGUAUGAAUGCACCGCCGCACCAUAACCAAUACCAGUACCACCCGCAAUACCAGGGUGGUCCGAUGGGUCACCCGGGGGGGUACGGGUGGCCGGCGACCCAACCGCAACAGGCCCGUUUCGGUGCAGAGAGUGCGCGGCGCUCCGCUGCCGGCGGCGCCGGCGCCGCGGCCCCGGGCAAGGACGACAAGACCAGCCCCUUUGUGUCCACUUUGCAUUCCCAUCCGGGGUUCCAACCGCAGAAGAUUGGCAAGGGAGCUGGAGCGGGAGCUGGUCUGCCCAAACCGCCGAAACCGCCAGAAAAACCCUUGAUGCCGUACAUGAGGUACUCCCGCCGCGUCUGGGACAGCGUGAAGGCGGCCCACCCUGAUCUGAAGCUGUGGGAGAUCGGCAGGAUCAUCGGGGGAAUGUGGAGGGACCUGCCUGAGGCCGACAAGGCUGGCUUUGUUGAGGAGUAUGAAGCAGAGAAGACGGAGUAUGAAAAGACGUUAAAAACAUACCACAACUCGCCUGCAUACCUGGCAUAUGUCGCGGCGAAAAAUAAAGCUGUAGCAGUAGGUAACUUGGAGGACGACAGUUCAAGCAAAAAGGGGGCUUCUCAGAAAGAUCAACAACAGCAGGAUAGGAGGAUUGACAUACAGCCCGCUGAAGAUGAAGAAGAUCAAGACGAAGGGCUAUCGGUGAAGCACGUGGCGUACGCGCGCUAUCUCCGCAACCACCGGCUGAUCAACGAGAUAUUCUCCGACACCGUCGUGCCCGACGUGCGCUCCGUCGUCACCACAGCGAGGAUGCAGAUCUUGAAGAAACAAGUGCAGUCGCUGACGAUGCACCAGAAGAAGCUUGAAGACGAACUGCAGCAAAUAGAAGAGAAAUUCGAGAACAAGAAACGAAAGUUUAUUGAGAGCAGCGAGACAUUCCAAGAAGAGCUGAAGAAGCACUGCAAGCCGGCCGUUGAUGAAGAAACUUUUGGCCGUAUGGUGGAACGGGCGUUGGAACAGAUGCGACGAGGCGUCAACCCCGCCACACAGCCGCUCACGCUUAGCUCUUUGGCCGAGAGGAAAGAUGAGCCGAUGGACCAGGAUCAGAACCAAAUCAAGAGCGAAUCAAACGGACCCAACCCUCCCACUCAGGUGGACAAAGUGUCCACCACUGAAGUGAAGCCUGACGGGAACGUCACCACGGAGCUGAACAAACCCGAGGCAGAGGUCAAGAAGGAGGAGAAUGGGGCCAGCGGACCCGAGAGCGAAGGCGAGCGCAAGGAAGACAAACCGAAGCCCGAGCUGAAGGAGGCGCCGCCCGCCGCCGCCUCGCCGCCGCACCACCCCAUGAUGAUGCCCCCGACACCGGGCGCGCCCCCGCACGCGCCCCCGCACGGCGCCCCCCCGCCGCCAGGCGGGUACGGGUACGGCGCGCGGUACUACGGCGGGUACGGGUUCCCCGGGUACCCCCACUACUACCACGACCACUACCAUCUACAACAACAACCGCCGCCCGCGCACCACGACAAGCCGGAGGAGCCGCCAGCCAAGAAAGAGAGCGAAUGAUUGUCACCCAAGCGCGUCGUGAAGCGCAGGCGCAAGUCCGCCUCCAGCGACGCGCACUGAAACUGUCAUCAGCCUGACCCCUCGUUCGCACGAGCGAUGGAAAAACGCACAACGUUGGCGGUUUUUAUCGCUUUCGAUAUAAAUGUCUAUAAAGAGUAGAAAAUAAAUAAGGGCACUGUGUACUCUUGGAUGGCGGCAACACUGGGCAUUUAUAAACCAGUUUUGACCGAUAUUCGUUAGAAUAUAUUUUCUAUUCUUUAAUAAAUAUACUGAAAGUAAAAGACUUCACGUCGCGAUGUAAAAACGCUGUCGUGUUAACACGGUUUUUAACUCGCGUUGAAAAUGCGCUCGUGUGUUUGAGGGGGGAUAGUUCUGAAUCUUAAAUUAUUCAUUACAAAUGACCAUGAAAGGUUAGAUAGCUCCAAGAAUAAUAUAAUAUCACUUUUAUCCCUAUAGAGCCGAGACUUAGCGAAAUUCAAAGGAAGGUUUAUUAUAGGAAUUGCGAUUUAGAAAUAGUGAUAGGUUGCUAUCCCUUCGGCCAUGAGAAUUGAACAUUUAACAGUGGAAAAUGAACAUUAUUAGCUUUUGACAUAAAUGUACGUCAAAUAUUUUUACAUGUAGUAUUCAUAAGUGGACAUCGAGAAUAUUUUCCGGAUUGAGCUAUCUAUUAUGGACCUCUGUGAAGUGAUAAAAUUAAUAACAUUAUAUUAUAGUGGUGUUGUAUGUAAAUUCCAUUCAUAUUUUGUAUAAUCGAUCCUAGCGCUGAAUUAGCAUUAGUUGUAUUUGUAUGAAUGAUGUAUGGGAAAAUAAAUAUAAUUAAUUUUA